GUUUCUAUCUAUCUAAUGUUGAUAGCUAAAUGACAGGUAACUAACUAGCUCACUAGCUAACUAUGGGGUCUUGCUGUAAUUCAGCGGCAGUGCAUCAUAUUGUUCACAAUCCAGUACAUUCAGAGUAGCUGUGUGAUGCACAAAAAUGCUUGUUUAUCACUUAAUAACAGCCACUUCAUGUAGCUAACAAGCUAGUUGAGAUCACAAGUUCACUCAAUUCAAACGGCAGUUCAAUAUAACUCCCAAUAACACAGUGUUUUUACGUGCGUACCUGGUUUAUUCUAUAUAUAUAUAUAUACAUAUAUUUACAUUUUCAAAUGUUAUUUUACCUUCUAUUUUGUAUAUUUUCAUCAGACUAGUAGGGACAUAUGAAGCCUGGAGGCUGCAGUAAUGUUGAGAUGUCAGUAGGGAGAGCUCUAGUCUAGAACACUGGUACCAAAGAUACUCCCCUUCCAUCUGUUCUGGAACCUUCAGUACCAGCUGAUGAGGAGUGAUGGGAAUGGGUCACAUUUUGUCUCUUGUAAAACAUGUUGGCCCACUCCUCAAAUAAAGAAAUGUAACUACAGUAUUCUGACUUUAGACCAUUUUCUAUUUAGAUACAGUAACAUCCCUUAUGUGACAUGCUGUUCCUGCAUGUUAAUGCCCUGACUAGGCUACUUUUAAAAUGUAUCAACCACAGAACUCACACUUAGGCUACGCCUAAUUCUACUAACACUUAAAGUAGACUACUUCUUGUUUCCACGCAGUGACAGUAAGUUGACUAACUGUACAAGACCUCUACCCUUCACUUCACUCUUGACAAUAAGUUGACUCACUGUUCAAGACCUCUCCUCUUCACUUCACUCUUCACUUCACUCUACUGCAGGGUGGGAGAUACAACAAUGGCCUUGAGAACAGCAGGAAGUGUGUUGGUGGUCUUUCUCUGGUCUGUAGCAGUGGUACUGGGUCAGGAUGGCUGGAGUGUUACAUACACCACUCAGAGUAUCUGUACCUUGAAGGGGUCAACAGUGGAGCUGACCUGUUCUUAUACAUAUCCCAGAGGUACAGUCACAACAACCUUCUGGUUCACUAAAAUGGAGGCUGCUAUAGAACCUGAAGAUCUAGGUCAGGACCCAGAGUAUGCAGGUCGUCUGGAGUAUCAUGGAGAUAAGAAGAAAGACUGUACCCUGAAAAUCACAGACCUGAGAGAGAGAGACUCAGCUACAUACAGGUUCAGAUUAUUAACAGAUCAAGAAGGAGGGAAAUAUUAUGGAAGUCCUGGAGUCACUCUGUCUGUCACAGGUCUUCAGGUGAAGGUGACUGGUGGACAUCAGGAUAAGACACUGACCUGUAGCACCACCUGUACUCUGACUGACAACCCCACCUACAUCUGGUACAAGAACGGACAACAUCGAGAUGAGAGCACCUCCCCCCAGUACAAAUACUCAGUCUCCAAUGACUAUGAUGCCAGUUAUUCCUGUGCUGUAAAAGGCCAUGAGGACCUUCACUCUCCUGCAGUGUGUGUUCAGGGUCAGAGCUGCAGCAGAGUGACUUACACCAAGAGGAGAAUCUGUGUCUUGAAGGGGUCAACAGUGGACAUAUCCUGUACUUAUGUUGGUUAUUAUUCCACCACAUCAUCAUUCUGGUUUAGAAGUGAUACGUUGACCCCUGAAGACCUAACCACAGACCCAGGGUAUGCAGAUCGUGUGAAGUACCCUGACAAAGAGACAAGGAGAAACGAAGGUCCCUUCACCCUGAUAAUCACAGAUUUGAGAGAGGAGGACUCAGCUAAGUAUCGCUUCACUUUUAAAACAAACAACUUUGAAUGGGGUCAUAGUUUCCCAGGAACAACUCUGUCUGUCACGGGUCUGCAGGUGAAGGUGACUUCUGCUGCAGAGGGACAGAAGACACUGACCUGUAGCACCACCUGUACUCUGACUGACAACCCCACCUACAUCUGGUACAAGAACGGACAACAUCUAGAUGAGAGCACCUCCCCCCAGUACAAAGACCCAGUCUCCAGUAACUAUGAAGACAGUUACUCCUGUGCUGUAAAAGGCCAUGAGGAUCUCCACUCUCCUGCAGUUUGUGUUCAGGGUCAGAGCUGCAACAGAGUGACUUACACCAAGAGGAGAAUCUGUGUCUUGAAGGAGUCAACAGUGGACAUAUCCUGUACUUAUGUUGGUUAUUAUUCCACCACAUCAUCAUUCUGGUUUAGAAGUGAUAAGUCGACCCCUGAAGACCUAACCACAAACCCAGGGUAUGCAGGUCGUGUGGAGUACACUGGAACAUACAGAGGUCCCUUCACCCUGAGAAUCACAGAUCUGAGAGAGGAGGACUCAGCUGGGUAUCGCUUCACUUUUAAAGCAGACAACUUUGACUGGGGUCAUAGUUUCCCAGGAACAACUCUGUCUGUCACAGGUCUGCAGGUGAAGGUGACUCCUGCUGCAGAGGGACAGAAGACACUGACCUGUAGCACCACCUGUACUCUGACUGACAACCCCACCUACAUCUGGUACAAGAACGGACAACAUCUAGAUGAGAGCACCUCCCCCCAGUACAAAGACCCAGUCUCCAGUAACUAUGAAGACAGUUACUCCUGUGCUGUAAAAGGCCAUGAGGAUCUCCACUCUCCUGCAGUUUGUGUUCAGGGUCAGAGAUGCAACAGAGUGACUUACACCAAGAGGAGAAUCUGUGUCUUGAAGGGUUCAACAGUGGACAUAUCCUGUACUUAUGUUGGUUAUUAUUCCACCACAUCAUCAUUCUGGUUUAGAAGUGAUAAGUCGACCCCUGAAGACCUAACCACAGACCCAGGGUAUGCAGGUCGUGUGGAGUACACUGGAACAUACAGAGGUCCCUUCACCCUGAGAAUCACAGAUCUGAGAGAGGAGGACUCAGCUGAGUAUCGCUUCACUUUUAAAACAGACAACUUUGACUGGGGUCAUAGUUUCCCAGGAACAACUCUGUCUGUCACAGGUCUGCAGGUGAAGGUGACUUCUGCUGCAGAGGGACAGAAGACACUGACCUGUAUCACCACCUGUACUCUGACUGACAACCCCACCUACAUCUGGUACAAGAACGGACAACGUCUAGAUGAGAGCACCUCCCCCCAGUACAAAGACCCAGUCUCCAGUAACUAUGAAGACAGCUACUCCUGUGCUGUAAAAGGCCAUGAGAAUCUCCACUCUCCUGCAGUGUGUGUUCAGGGUCAGAGCUGCAACAGAGUGACUUACACCAAGAGGAGAAUCUGUGUCUUGAAGGGUUCAACAGUGGACAUAUCCUGUACUUAUGUUGGUUAUUAUUCCACCACAUCAUCAUUCUGGUUUAGAAGUGAUAAGUCGACCCCUGAAGACCUAACCACAGACCCAGGGUAUGCAGGUCGUGUGGAGUACACUGGAACAUACAGAGGUCCCUUCACCCUGAGAAUCACAGAUCUGAGAGAGGAGGACUCAGCUGAGUAUCGCUUCACUUUUAAAACAGACAACUUUGACUGGGGUCAUAGUUUCCCAGGAACAACUCUGUCUAUCACAGGUCUGCAGGUGAAGGUGACUCCUGCUGCAGAGGGACAGAAGACACUGACCUGUAUCACCACCUGUACUCUGACUGACAACCCCACCUACAUCUGGUACAAGAACGGACAACAUCUAGAUGAGAGCACCUCCCCCCAGUACAAAGACCCAGUCUCCGAUGACUAUGAAGACAGUUACUCCUGUGCUGUAAAAGGCCAUGAGGAUCUCCACUCUCCUGCAGUGUGUGUUGUGGGUGAGAGCUGUAUGAAUGUGACUUACACCCAUCAGAGUAUCUGUGCUUUGAAAGGGUCAACAGUGGACAUAUCCUGUUUUUACACACAUCCCACUUGGCAUAACGUCACAGAAGUGUCCUGGUUCAACAAAUGGGAGUCUGGUGUCACUAAAGACCUGAGCCUGAACCCAGAGUAUGCAGAUCGUUUGGAAUACCAUCAACAAACAGAAAAGGACUCCACCCUGAGAAUCACAGACCUGAGAGAGAGUGACUCAACUGAGUACAAGUUCAGAUUUACAACUGAUGAGGCAAGAUGGGGAUACAGCUUCCCUGGAACAACUCUGUCUGUCACAGGUCUGCAGGUGAAGGUGACUCCUGCUGCAGAGGGACAGAAGACACUGACCUGUAUCACCACCUGUACUCUGACUGACAACCCCACCUACAUCUGGUACAAGAACGGACAACGUCUAGAUGAGCCCACUUCCCAACAACACUCUAGUAAUACCCUAGUAGUGUUGGGUCAUUCUGUGGACAGUUACUCCUGUGCUGUAGAACACCAUGAGGACCUCCACUCUCCUGCAGUGUGUGUUCAGGGUCAGAGCUGCAACAGAGUGACUUACACCAAGAGGAGAAUCUGUGUCUUGAAGGGGUCAACAGUGGACAUAUCCUGUACUUAUGUUAGUUAUUAUUCCAUCACAUCAACAUUCUGGUUUAGAAGUGAUAAGUCGACCCCUGAAGACCUAACCACAGACCCAGGGUACGCAGGUUGUGUGGAGUACACUGGAACAUACAGAGGUCCCUUCACCCUGAGAAUCACAGAUCUGAGAGAGGAGGACUCAGCUGAGUAUCGCUUCACUUUUAAAACAGACAACUUUGAAUGGGGUCAUAGUUUCCCAGGAACAACUCUGUCUGUCACAGACCUGCAGGUGAAGGUGACUCCUGGCACAGUGACAGAAGGAUCAUGGGUUACACUGACAUGUAGCACCACCUGUACUCUGACUGAAAUCCCCAACCCCACCUACAUCUGGUACAAGAAUGGAGAAUACCUAUUUUCUGACUCCUCUCCCCAGUAUCAAUACUCAGUCAGUAGAGGAGGUUCUGACAGCUACUCCUGUGCCUCAAUAAGAGGCCAUGACAAACUCAGCUCUUCCAAAGUCAGUGGGUGAGUGUGGUGAUUUACCUCCAGAGUUUGCCUCUCUUAUGGUAAACAGACUUGAUAUUUUCAGUCAAUUCAGAAUGCUAAUUUAUAAGUAACUAUAGUCCAUUACUAACAUGUUAGUACUGAAAACUAGCUCAUUGUCAGGGUUUUCCUCCUCCUCUUCGUCUGAAGAGGAGAGGCGAGAAGGAGGACCAAUGCGCAGCGUGUUAAGUGUCC